AAAAAAGCCGAUGUGUUGCUUUCCCUGUCACUCACUGCCAUUUAAACGCAUAAAACGACUUUUUAGCUUCUUCUACUGACUCGAUGCUGAUGGAUGAACUAAAGAGGAUUAACUGUGUGUGAGACAUUUUUCUUACCGGCAUCACUGAAGGACUGAAAGAGGACGGACAUCGUUCACACGUAGGACGUGAACGCGACCUUAACUACUGCUGUGUAUUUUGUCAUGAUUUUUCGACGUUUAUCGACCAUGGCUCAGACUGUCCCUCCGCUCCUCUCCGUCCUCCCCACUCGGGCUAUGGUCGAUGAGAAGAUCAAGGUGCUGGUGGAGAAUCUGCCGGCGGGAUCUCCAGUAACUCUUCACUCCCUCCUCCACUCCGAGGACAAAGACUACUGGGAGGCCUUCGCUCACUACGUCAGUGACCAAAGAGGAACAGUGUCUGUUGCAGAGGAUUUGAGUUAUGGAGGAACGUACGCAGGAAUCGAGCCCAUGGGUUUGUUGUGGAGCAUGCGUCCCGUCCCAGGCAGCCGGAAAGGCCUCAGGUUGAGGAAGAUGGACGUCCGCAGCCCGAUGCCCGUCAACAUCUCAGUUUACAGCGGACACAUAGCGGAGGGCUUCAGGGAAAAGCCUCCUCUAGCGUCGGUGCUCACUGAGAGAUGGUACAUGGCUCCUGGGGUCCGGAGAGUCGAUAUCAACGAGAGAGGAGUCCGAGGGACUUUGUUUAUACCUCCAGGUCCAGGACCCUUCCCAGGUCUGAUGGAUAUGUGGGGAGGCGGUGGAGGGCUGCUGGAGUAUCGUUCGGCCUUGCUGGCAUCUCGUGGUUAUGUGUCUUUAGCGCUGGAGUAUUUCUCCCCCGGUGAGCUGCAGACUGCUAAUCUACAGUUCGGAUAUUUUGAGACGGCGUUUGAUAUAGUGAAGGAUCAUCCUCAAGUGAUCCCAGACAGAGUAGGAAUUUUCGGUCUUUCCCUCGGCUCGAUUAUUGCCUUGAAAUUGGCAGCUGAAAGCACCCUCAUCAAGCCUCGUUGUUGUGUUUGCGUCAGCGGCAACAACUUCUUUCCACGUGGAUCAACCAUCACCUCCAUGCAUGAAAUGAUGAUAAAGAAUGCUCACAAGACACGUGUAGACGAGAACGACCAUCACAUAUGGCGAGAUUUGAGUCUACCGAUAUCCAGUGACCUGUCAGAGAAAGUGGACGCGAGAACUAUAAACUGUCCGAUGUUGCUGGUCAACGGUCUCGAUGAUCAGAACACGGCCGCGGUGGAAGCUGCUGACGAUGUCGCCCUGAUGAUGCACGAAGCAGGUAAAGACCACCUGCUGACCAGACUGCAUUACCCUGACACUGGACAUCUGAUUGAGCCGCCCUACUCUCCUCACUUCAGAGCUACUAAGUUCAUCGUGAGCAGCACAAAAGCUAAAGUGAUUUUACUUUGGGGCGGACAAACCAAACCUCAUUCAGACGCUCAGGAAGACUCCUGGAGGAAGAUCUUGACUUUUCUACAAGAGCAUCUUUACUCCAGUUCAAGUGCCAAAGCCAAGCUGUGAAUCAUUACAUAAGUUCAGACGGGCCUGGCAAUCACUGCUGGAAAAUACAGUGUUAUUAUAUAAAUAUACUGUAUAUAUAGUAUAGUUUAUUAUAUGGUGUUAGGUACUCUGUGUAUUGAUCAUGUGCCUUUUGAUGUGAUUAAUUGAAAUGAACAAAAUUUGCUCUUGAGUUAACAGAUUAGGUUGUUUUUAGGGUCAAAUUGUGCCUUAUUCCAUUAUUUAUGUGUCCAGUAAGCCGUAAUUAUGAAUGAGACAGACUGGAUAAGUAUUAUUUCAAGGGCUGUAACUAAUCUGUCAAGUAUUUUCUCAGUUAAUCGAGUAGUCGUUGGGAAAAUGGUGAAAAAUGUUGAUCCCCUUAUUCCACAAAGCCCAACACACAACCUGAAAUAUCUUGUUUUGUUCCAACCAACAGUCCACAACCAAAAUAUAUUCAGUUUAUUGUCAUUAAGGGCUAAAGAAACAAGAAAAUAUGAAUGUUUAAGAAGCUAGAAUAAGAGAAUUUUGGCAUCAUUUGUUAUAAAAAAUGUAUUAAUCAAGUAAAAGACUAGAAUUAUAGCUACUCAGUGAUUCAGGCUGAUAUAGCUUCUUGUUAGAUAUCUUACUUAUUAUCAUUAGUGAUUAAUAUGAAGCUGCUCUGAUGUAAUUUCCAGGUGUGUUUAUUAGUGUAUAGUACAAAUCGAUCGUUAAAAGUUCUCACUAAAAAAAAUGUGUUUUCUUCUUGUUCCUUCAAUUUGUAACGAGGGGGAAGCUCAGUUCCAUUUUUAGGAUUUUAACUUGGUUAUUUGAACCUUUUUUUUAAAGUGUAUUUUUGUACAUCUUAUCAUCAUUGUCAUUUGAUAACGCACAAUAACAAGUGUCCUGAAACAAGAAAAAUAAUAUACGAGGCACUACACAUUAUAUUUCUUUAUUACAACACUUCAAAAACAUGGUCACUUGCCAAAGAUACAUGGGGGGGAGACUGUGUUUAAUUAACUCAGGGAUGUUGAUUAAAAGAAAAUGUAGAUGUAUGAAAGUAUGGCUGGUACAUGUUUGGUAUUAGUAUUAAAGGUGCAGUGUGUAGAAUUUGGUCCCAUCUAUUGGAACAGACUUGGCAGAAAUGGAAUAUAAUAUUAAUAUGUAUGUUUUACAGUAUUAGAGAGUGAAAGGGUAUUUAGUUGGUUGCAAUCUACAAUCUCGCCACUAGAUGGCACUAAAUCCUACACACUAGUCCACACUACUAUGGGAGCAAAUGUUUUGAUGAAUUAACAUGUCUGUCUGUAAAAUGCAUUGAUUUUUAAAAUAAAAACAUCAUAAUCACAGAUCUGUAA